CCCCGCCCCUCUAUUAGCUCCGCCCCGUGACGGGCGGGGCUAGCGUGGCCACGCCCAGACCCGCCUCGGGGGCUGGCCCAGGCACGCCGCUGUCACUUCCUGCUCCCACCUCCUCGCUUGAGGACGGCGCAAGGCGCUCGCCUCUCCUUGUCUGUUCCUUGCCGGCGUCGCCGCUGCCCGGUCUCGACACACCCGCCCCUUCGCGCCCCCUGCCCUGCCUGGAAGGGCCGAAGCGAGCGGGACGGCAGCCUCCGCUUCCCCACAAGGCCGCCGCGGCAGCAGCUGGGAGGACGAGGCAGGAGGAGGCGCUCUCGGGACUGCUGGCGUGAGGGGGCCCGGCCGGCCGGCGGCUCCUCUCCUCGAACCGGCGAAAUGCCCGUGAAGAAGAAGCGCAAAUCUUCGGGGCAGGCGGGCGACGAGACGGGCCUCAAGAAAUGCAAGAUCAGCAGCUAUUGCAGGUCGCAAGCUUCUGGUAAAGUGAUAAGUGGGGAGGACCAUUUUUCAAGCAAGAAGUGCCUGGCCUGGUUUUAUGAAUAUGCAGGUGACGAUGAAGUUGUAGGGCCGGAAGGAAUGGAGAAAUUCUGUGAGGAUAUUGGUGUUGAACCUGAAAACAUUAUUAUGUUAGUUUUAGCCUGGAAACUGGAGGCUGAAAACAUGGGAUUUUUUACCAAGGAAGAAUGGUUGAAGGGGAUGACCUCAUUGCAAUGUGACUGCACAGAGAGACUGCAAAGUAAAUUUGAUUUUUUGCGCUCACAAUUGAAUGACAUUUCAACGUUUAAGAAUAUCUACAGAUACGCGUUUGAUUUUGCAAGGGAUAAGGACCAGAGAAGUCUUGAUAUUGAUACUGCAAAGUCUAUGCUAGCUCUUCUACUAGGAAGAACGUGGCCACUGUUUUCAGUAUUUUACCAAUACUUAGAGCAGUCAAAAUACAGAGUUAUUAACAAAGAUCAGUGGUACAAUGUGUUAGAAUUCAGCCGAACUGUCCACGCAGAUCUUAGCAACUACGAUGAAGAUGGGGCAUGGCCUGUUCUUCUCGAUGAAUUUGUGGAGUGGCAAAAGGUUCGCCAAACAUCAUAGCGAAAAAAGUUCUGGAAAAAAAUGCUGGCUCUUGCAAUGCCCACCUCUUCAAAAAAAAACUGAGUCAAAAACCAUGCAUCCACAUCCUUUUGAACUUUAUAGCCAUUUUUUUCCUUUUAUUUUUAAAGGAAGCCUUGUUCCAUGUGAAACAGGCAUUGAACCACACCUCUUCUGAGACUGAACGUUGGGAAUUUUUUUUUUUUGUCUUAAGUUUCAAUCAUUUCAGAACAAUAAACAUUCAGAUUUUUAACAGUCUCAAAAA